AGGUUCUGGGGAGGACCGGAAGGGCGGCGUUGUUGUGGUAACGGCGAACAGGCCAUGAAGCGGGACUUUGGUUUGGCGGCGGCGGCGGGGACAGAGCUGGUGCUCGCUACCUCGGGCGACGAGAAACACCCACCGGAGAACAUUGUGGAUGGGAAUACAGAAACAUUUUGGAUCACAACAGGAAUGUUCCCACAAGAAUUUAUUUUACGUUUUCCUGAGCUCAUAAAAAUAAGUUGUGUGAAAAUUCACUGUUAUAAUGUCCGCAGACUUAGUAUUGAGAAAAGUACAGAAAAAGAUCCCGUGGACUUUGAACCUUUAGCUAAGAGCGAACUUGAGCGCUCUGAGGAACAGCUUCAGUUGGAAGAAUUUACAGUAAGUACAUAUUUUAUCUCAAAUAUUGUAUUGCUCAAUAUGAGAAGCUAAUGAGUGAAAACAUAAAAUUUGGUCUUACAGAAUUUGUGGGGGAAGCAUUCAUAAAUUAUUUUUUAACUCACUUACUUGAUGCAAGCAGUGACGAUGCAGAGCAUUUUAUAGAAUAGUAACCACCUCAUGGAAAGUGGUGAUGACCUGUACAAUGUUUUUAAGUGUUUUUUAUAUAUUAAUAUGAAUGGUAUCAUUUUAUUAUUUCAUU